GCGGCGACGGGUCAGGUGCUCUGCGCUGGGGCUGCGUGCAGGUGAGCCUACGGGAUCCGCGGGUGUCCCCUGCUCCCGCCACCUCCCCGCCCUAAACGCUCCAGGACAGACCGACUGCAGCACGGAUUGCCUUGUGCUGAGCUGACCAAGGACUUUGAAAAUGAUUCCAAAGUUUCUCGUGGUGUCUUGCACACUGGCUGCCCUAACUCAUUCACCUGCAUUUUCUCUUCAGCCAGAACAGCAGAAGGUUCUAGUAGUUUCCUUUGAUGGAUUCCGCUGGGAUUACUUAUAUAAAGUUCCAACACCUCAUUUUCAUUAUAUCAUGAAAUACGGUGUUCAUGUGAAGCAAGUCACUAAUGUCUUUAUCACAAAGACCUACCCUAACCAUUACACUUUGGUCACUGGUCUCUUUGCAGAGAAUCAUGGGAUUAUUGCCAAUGACAUGUUUGAUCCUAUUCACAACAAGUCUUUCUCCUUGGAACACAUGAACAUUUAUGAUUCUGAGUUUUGGGAAGAAGCCACACCUAUAUGGAUCACAAACCAGAAGGCAGGGCAUGCUAGUGGCGCGGCCAUGUGGCCGGGAACGGAUGUAAAGAUCCAUGAGAGCUUCCCUACCUACUACCUACCUUACAAUGAGUCCGUUUCCUUUGAGGACAGAGUUGCCAAAAUCAUUGAAUGGUUUACAGCCAAAGACCCCAUCAAUCUCGGUCUUCUCUACUGGGAAGAACCUGAUGACACAGGCCAUGAUGUGGGACCCGACAGUCCUCUCAUGGGGCCUGCCAUUUCAGACAUUGACCAUAAGUUAGGGUAUCUGAUAAAAAUGCUGAAAAAGGCCAAGUUAUGGAAUAAUAUUAACCUAAUCAUCACGAGUGACCAUGGAAUGACCCAGUGCUCUAAGCAGAGGGUGAUAGAACUUGACCGCUAUCUGGAUAAAGACCACUAUACCCUGAUUGACCACUCACCUGUAGCUGCCAUUCUGCCAAAAGAAGGUAAAUUUGAUGAAGUCUAUGAUGCGCUGGCUGGUGCCCAUCCUAAUCUAACAGUCUACAAAAAGGAGGAAAUUCCAGAACGAUGGCAUUACAAGAAAAAUGAUCGAGUUCAACCAAUCGUAGCAGUGGCCGACGAAGGGUGGUAUAUUUUGCAGAAUAAGUCAGAUGAUUUUCUGUUAGGCAACCAUGGUUAUGAUAAUGCAUUAGCAGAAAUGCAUCCAAUAUUUUUAGCCCACGGUCCUGCCUUCAGAAAGAAUUUCACAAAAGAAGCCAUGAACUCCACAGAUCUGUACCCACUGCUCUGCCACCUCCUCAAUCUCACCGCCCUGCCACACAAUGGAUCAUUCAGGAAUGUCCAGGAUCUUCUCAGUUCAGCAAGUCCAAAAACAAUUCCUUACACACAGAGUCCCACACACCUCCUUGGUAGUGACAAGCCAGGAGAGUAUGAGCAAGAGGAGUCGUACCCUUAUUACAUAGGCGUCUCUCUCGGCAGCAUUAUAGCCAUCGUUUUCUCUGUAGUUCUCAUUAAGCAUUUAAUUCACAGCCAAGUGCCUACUUUACGCUAUAUGCAGGUUGAAGUUGCUCAACCGUUACUACAAGCUUAGUGCUUCUCUAACAUGGAAUUGCAUGUUGAAGUUGAGGGUGCAAAAUUACAUCCGUGGUAAACCUGCAACUUCUAGGAAGCUACUUACAGACACCUGCAUAGGCCACCGAGCAGUUAAUCCAUACUUGGGCACACUCACACCUACAUACGUACACACAGACCGAUCAGAACACUCCUAUCUGCAAGUGAUCAAAGACGUAAGAGGACCCCUCCACUGCUUUCUUUGGCUUAGUAGGUAGAUCAUGCUCGAUUUGGGGUUGGCACCUAUAAUGUACAUACUUAACCACUUUGCACUAUUGAAAGGACUUCACAUGUUGCACUUUACCAUCCAGUAGGUACCUUUGCUCUGAAAUGCACUUUAUAACUAUGUCUAGUAACUUGGUUGAAAAUGACAACCUUGGGCAUCUAUGUCACCAAAUACUAGCAUUCCACGUACAGACGGAAGGAAGUUUCUAGCAAUUCCUGAAUAAUGCAGAAAUCUAUCUCCUUAAGUGGGAGGAGGAGGCGAAAGUGAAAGCGUGGAAAAGUCAGUGGGACCCAGUUUGUAGGCUGCAUAGUGGAGAGAUGCAUUUCCAGCAGCAGGUUACAUUGUGGGCAUUUCUAGUGAGGUCUCCCCACCAAGGACCAAAGUGUCCAUGUACUUCUUCCCUCCAGUAGAUUCCAGCACUGAAGGAUGCAUUCUAAAGGUCAUGUUUCUACCCCUUAGUCAUUGCUCCUUGUUGACGAGUUCUAGUCCUGAUUCCAUACUGAGGAUGCCAUGCACAUAGACUUCUUUUCUGUGUAGCGCAGUAGUGGCCUGAAGAGCAGAGACCAGGCACCAUCUCUGCAGUGGUUUUUAUUUUUUCCUGCCUGUCAUUAUUUGCAUAUUUGCUAAUAACACUAUUAAUCACAUUAAAAAUCAAGUGAGAUUAAAAAAUA